CCUUGCUAUUGCUGCUGGGGGGCAGAGGAUCGUUCAGCUCACAUGACUGGGUUGUGACUGAGUUGGGUCUUGUGUGGAUCUGUGGUGAUGAGUAAGAGGGGAGAGGCUACUCGGUACUCUCUUUGUGCUGAGACAUUCCCUGGGUCAUCCUCUCUUCCAGCUUCUCUUUUCCAGGAGGAAAGUCUCUGGGCCAGGAUUUGGAGACCCUAGCUAGCUACCUCUUCUGGACCUCAGACAUCGGGACCUGGAAUGAGAAGAGGAUUCCACACUAGUAUAUACAGGGUGGAUGUCGGAUGGAGAUUUGAACCCAUAGAUCUGUAACUUUUGUGUCUGGAAACUAGUUGAAAAUGACCUGUUCACUCUUGACUCUCUUUUAGAAUGGUUUCUGUCUGAACGAGAUAUUUGUCUUGAAACUAAUUUGGUCAGUGUGGAGGCAGGGUAUUAACAGAGCGAGAAUCGUGGGUGUUCAACAGCUCUGUGAGUGCUUGACAAACUUUUUCUCUUUGCUCCUGUGGAUAUUGUUUUGGAAUCAAACUCUGAGGGUGUGACCAAGGUUCCAAGCCCUCAUUCUACACCACUGGGUCACCUAUCCUCAGCAGCCACAACAGGGAACUGGUAGACAGAAAGAGGUGGAUAUAGUGUGACCAACUACACCGGUGGAGAGGACAUUUUUUUUUCCUUCUUACCUGUCCUAUACCUGGAUAGGACUUGAAAAACGAGAUGGGGGCUGCCUUCAAGAGGUUCUGUGCUCGGUUCUGUUGCUGCUGCUGCUAUAGCGAUGAUGAAAGUGAGGAGGAGAAGCAGCCUUUAAUCAGUCCUGACACUUUGGAGUACUUUGACCGCGAGGCGAAGAAGCGAAGGGAACAGGAACAGAACCUAUGGAGUGAGCCAGGCGACCCGAGCCACUCGGAGAGAGACGAUGACCGGAUCCUGUACAACCUCAUCCAGAACAGGAACCAGACCCGCAGGGGCUCGCUGGCGCACCGGCGUCUGAGUGUGGACAUUGAGGGUAUGAGAGAUCUGCGUCGGGAGGUCAGGGACAAGUGGAAGAUGAUCCUGGAGAAUUUAGGGUUCAUGGCGGAGGCGGAGUCUCUGCUGACGGUGUCUGCCAGUGCGUCGUAUGACCGUAUGAAGAACGCCUCGGCGUCACGCACACUACUGCACACGCUCCACUCUGAGACGUCUAUCUUCUACACCCGGGAGGCCCCACCUGAGAGAUACCUCUUCAUCCUGGAUCGUCUCAUAUACCUGGAUGCUGCUGAGGACUUCUUGGCGAAGGCUAGACGCUUCUACCCCAAGCGUGAUACUGAUGAUGAAGAUGAGGACAACCCAUUAGCCGUCAACCUGCCGUUGCUACUGGCCAGAGUGAACCGCACCAUGAACGGAGAAGGGGGCGAUGAUGAGGACGAGAGGCUGGAUGAGGAAGAUGGGAGUGGAAGAGAGGACAACUUCUAGACCGAACAGGAGCUGCAAUGACCUCAAACAGUAGACAGGGGGCAGUAGUUAGUUUAUGUUGCAGAGUUGGGAGUAUACAGUACUAGGAUGUCUGAUUCUGAAAAUACUCUCCCAAUUUGCACUAACACUAGGGGCUCUAUUCAAUCUGUGUUGCUGAAGUGUUACAAAUUGUGCAAUAGAAAUGUAAAGGUCAUUUUUGAUUGAACAGACAUAUGCAGUGUUUACCGUGAAAGCAGUCUCUGCUAACACGGGAACWUUGCCUUUACAUUUCAAUCACUCUGUAACGCUGCACUUCUGCGAUUCAAAUUUAGGAGAGCCCGAGGUUUGAACAAAAAUAUACAGCUUUCCUUUCUCCUCAUCAGAACCGUGAUCCAAUAUGGUUCUGUUUUUCUUAUUUUUCUGUUUAGGCAUACUUAGCUGGGUCUCAGGUAUAUUAGGGAGAGUUUUGGAAGUUAUCACCCUGCCAUUUUUUUAAUCAAUCAGACAGUGUUAGUUACCCAACUCCUUGGGUCUGUUCAUUAUUGGUCUCCACCAGGGAACACAGUGGACACAGUUAACACAGCACUGAACCCCGUAGGGCACAGCUGUCCUGUUCCACAUCAGCACUUUGUCUCAUGAUUAUCAGUACUUGUUUUAUCUAGUCACAAGACAAUAUUUUAAAACCAGUAAUUAAGAUUACCUUGUAAUAAAUGUGUAGUAAACAAAUUCAAAUAUUUUUGAGUUGUCAAUUUCCUUACGGACCAUGCUUAUCAAGAGGCACUAGUGUGUUUUUGUUCAUGAAGUUUACAGAGAUGAGUUUAGUAACAAAAUGACUCAACUUUGAAUGAGUGUGUGGGUCUGUAUGAACAGUGGAGGUUGCGGUAUGUGGGUAUCUAAUGGUCACUUUAAGUACAUGUCAAGAUUGUGAGAGCAUUUGGGAUGUUUGGUGAGUUGAAGGGGAUGCAGCAUGUGUCUUAUGUUCUAUUGUAAAGUUGAUAUGGGAAAUAAAGUGGCAACCUGAUACUGCA